UAUGGAUUCAGUUUAAAAUUAUUCUUCAAAUAAUCAAGAAUGUGGAAACUAAGUAGAAACAUACUACCAAACCGUUUUCCUUUCCAAAAUGUCCGUUUCAAUUCCAAAGAAGUACAAAUCCCAUCCUCUGCCGAUGUGAUUAUUAUCGGUGGUGGAUCGGCUGGUUGUCAUACACUCUAUCAUUUAGCUAAACGCGGAGUUAAAGCAGUUCUCCUGGAACGUGCCAAACUCACAGCAGGAACCACCUGGCAUACUGCUGGUUUAGUAUGGAGACUUCGUCCCAACGAUGUCGAUACACAAUUGCUAGCUAAUUCUAGGAAUAUGUUAAUGUCACUGGAAGAAGAAACUGGACUAGAUCCUGGUUGGAUACAAAAUGGUGGAAUAUUUAUUGCUCAUUCAGAUAAUCGUUUGGAUGAGUAUAAACGGCUGUCAACGCUGGGAAAUUCAAUGGGAAUUGAGAAUUAUAUGUUGUCACCGGAGGAGACACAAAAACUAUUUCCAUUGCUUGAUCCUGCUGCCUUUACUGGAGCACUCUAUUCGCCUGGAGAUGGUGUAGUUGAUCCAGCAAUGUUGUGUUCAGCACUUACCAAAUCGGCUACAAAUAAUGGAGCCAAGGUAAUUGAAGGAUGUCCAGUGAACGAGCUUCUAGUUGAGGAGAGCUCUGGAAAUAGCAAGAAGUUAGUUGGUGUAAGGACUCCUUUUGGAGAUAUUAAAACUAAAACUGUAGUUAAUGCUACAGGAGUUUGGGGUAAAGAUCUAGUCGAACCACAUGGUUCCAAACUGCCAUUGGUGCCAAUGAAACAUGCUUAUAUUGUUUCCGAAUCUGUACCGGGAGCUCGUGGCCUUCCAAACAUUCGAGAUCAUGAUUAUUCGACUUAUUUUCGGAUCCAAGGUGAUGCCAUUUGCAUGGGUGGCUAUGAGCCAAAUCCUAUUCUCUUGGAUCCUGUUGCAAAGGAUUUUAAUUUCGGACUUUACGAUUUGGAUUGGAGUCUUUUUGAGACCCAUUUACAGGGUGCAGUUAAACUUUGUCCCACCUACGGAGAAAUCGGAGUUAAGAGUACUGUUUGUGGACCAGAAUCCUUUACUCCUGACCAUAAACCUUUAAUGGGUCCAGAUAAUCAUGUGAAUGGUCUGUAUCAUAGUUGUGGGUUCAACUCGGCUGGAAUGAUGUUUGGUGGCGGUUGUGGAGAACAAAUGGCUCAAUGGAUCAUAAAUGGGCAGCCAGAUCUUCCAAUGUUUAGUUUCGAUUUGAGACGAUUUACUGAUUCACAGAAUCGUCACCUUCAAUGGACAAAUGAGAAAUCUCAUGAAAGUUAUGCCAAGAACUAUAGCAUGGUAUUUAAACAUGAUCAACCUUUGGCGGGUAGGAAUUUCAAGACCGAUCCUUUGCAUAAUGAGAUGUUGUCAUGUGGAGCUUUUAUGGAGGAAAAACAAGGUUGGGAACGUCCUGGAUUCUUCCUUCUAAAAGACAGAGCCGAUGUACUUCCUUAUGAUUGGUAUGGAAGUUAUGGCCACAAAAGACAUGAAAAUUCUGCUUAUGAAAAAGUACUCGAUAGAGAUUUGAAAUAUGGAAGUUUUUCAGAUCAUCAAAAAUUGAUUGGAGAUGAAGCACUUGCUUGUCGUAAUAAUGCGGCUGUAUUCAAUAUGAGCUAUUUUUGUAAACUAUUUUUGGAAGGUCCACAGGCGAAAGAAGCUGCCGAUUGGAUAUUCACGGCCAAUACUAAUCGUGAUGUUAAGAAGACUGUUUACACAUGCGCUCUAAACCAUCGAGGAGGUGUUGAAUCUGAUGUAACAAUAUCACGUCUUGUGUCGGGCACUGGUGAAAUACACAAUCCCAAGUUCGAAGGCCAAGGAAACUAUAUCGUAGCAGGAGGUGCUUCAGCCUUCUACACAUUCAAAUCGAUCGAAUCAGAACUACGCAACCAAAAGUUCAAUGCCACUGUACGAGAUGUAACUGAAGACAUGGGUAUUAUUUCAAUUCAAGGUCCUAAAAGUCGAGAAAUUCUUCAGAAAAUUACUGAAACAGAAUUAUCAGAUAGUGAAAUACCACCAAACAGUACAAUACUGACACAAGUUCGUGGUAUCAAUGGAAAGGAUACUCACAAUGUUCGACUGUUGAGAGUCAGUUUUAUAGGAGAAUUAGGUUACGAGUUACAUGUUCCAAAGGAAUACUGCUCGAAUGUUUACAAGUCACUUAUGAAAGCCGGAGAAGGGUUUGACUUAAAGAACGCUGGUUAUCGGGCUUUAUAUUCUCUGAGCAGUGAAAAGGGUUACCACUUAUGGAGCUUUGACUUACGCCCAGAUGAUACACCAAUUGAAGCAAAUCUAGGAUUUACCUGUCGACGAAAAGGCAACUACAAGGGCAAACAAGUUAUUGACAAACAAAGACUAAUUGGCGUUCACAGAAAAAUGGCUUAUUUUACAUUAAACGAUCAAAUUCCAAUUUGGGGCUUGGAAGGUGUUUAUCGUAACGGAGAGCCAAUUGGAUUUCUACGACGAGCUGAGUACGCGUACAGCCUUAAAAAGUCAUUAGGACAAGCUUAUGUGACUCGAAAAGAUGGAGGUGUCGUAGAUGAAAAGUACAUAUCAUCGGGAAAAUAUCAAAUCGAUAUUCUGGGAAAAAUGUACGAUGCAGAGUGUCACCUUCGAAGUCCUUUUGAUCCGGAGGGUAGAAGAAUUUUAGGAAUCUAUAGCUAAGAUUAAAUUUUAUUACAAAAUACAAGAAAAAUUAAUAAUUUAA